UCCAAAAUGGCUGCCUGUAUGUAGCAUGUGUGUUUGUGUUGUCGAUUCCUGUUUUUCUUUUUAAAGCGUUAGUUUUUUAGGACUGUUUUUAAGACCUACGUUGGAUUUCUAUCUGCAUUUUCAAAUUGAUCACUAAUCCAUUGCCAAAAUGAGGGCAUCUACACUCGUUUACCUGCUUGGCUGUUUGAUACUGUGGAUUCCUAUGGACGGCAUGCUUAAUGCUAAUGCUAAUGAGGAGAGAAAUACACCUGUGUCACUUUUGUGGAUUAUUCCGAGUGCUGUGACUUCCCUGGAGCCGGUCGGUGGAGAUCCUAUCAUGAGGCCUUGGGUGUUUGAAAAGUACCUUGUUGGACGGGCGUCUUUUAUUCUGAGGGAUGAACCGAGAGGUCUGCGAUGUCUGUGGGCCCGUGGAAAUGGAAAGCUGUCUCCCUAUGCGACGUCCAUCUGUAGGGACAGCUCGACAGCCGGCUCAGCACGGAGAAGCUGUCAGGAGGAGGAUGAGGCUGCUGUGUUCUGGCCGUCAGGAUGAAGAGUUCCCCAGCUAACCGCAGCCGGGACAUCGAGCGGCAGGCCGGUUAUCUGCGCCCGGAGCACUGUGCCCAGCCCCCUCCACGAGCUCAUGCGGCAGACGAGAUGUGGUUCAUCCGUGACGGCUGCGGCAUUGUGUGCGGCGUGAUCACGUGGCUGCUGGUGCUUUACGCUGAGUUUGUGGUCGUGUUUGUAAUGCUGCUGCCGUCGAAGAAUGUGGUGUAUAGCCUCAUUAACGGUGCUGUGUUUAACGGACUGGCCUUCCUCGCCCUCGCAUCUCACUUCAGAGCCAUGUGUACUGAUCCGGGUGCUGUUCCAAAGGGAAACGCCACUAAAGAGUUUAUCGAGAGUUUACAGCUGAAGCCGGGACAGGUGGUGUAUAAAUGUCCCAAGUGCUGCAGCAUCAAACCUGAUAGAGCACAUCACUGCAGUGUGUGCAAACGCUGUAUCAGGAAGAUGGAUCAUCACUGUCCCUGGGUGAACAACUGUGUGGGGGAAAACAACCAGAAAUACUUUGUGCUUUUCACUAUGUACAUUGCUCUUAUUUCUCUCCAUGCGCUCGUCAUGGUGGCUUUCCAUUUUAUCUUCUGUUUUGAAGAAGACUGGGGAAAGUGCAGUAGCUUCUCUCCUCCGGCGACAGUCCUCCUCCUCAUCUUCCUGUGUUUUGAGGGUCUGCUCUUCCUCAUCUUCACCUCUGUGAUGUUUGGAACACAGGUUCACUCUAUCUGUAACGAUGAGACCGGAAUCGAGCAGCUGAAGAAAGAAGAGAGGAGAUGGGCAAAGAAAUCAAAGUGGAUGAACAUGAGGGUUGUGUUCGGUCACCCUUUCUCUCUAGCGUGGUUGAGUCCGUUCUCAACGCCGGAUCACGGGAAAGCUAAUCUCUAUCAGUAUGUGGUGUGAGACCAGCGAUCUGUCCUGAUCCAUGACACUUGAUGACCAGCUCACAACACAUGACAUCACAAAACCUUUUUUUUAACUGUCACUCUUGAUGCUUCAACUUGUUUGAUGUUUUGAUUUAAAGAAUUACCCAAAACUGUAAAUUCUGUCAUUUGUUACUCACCCUUGUGUACUUCAGUUUAAGUACACUUAAUGCAUACCUAUAAUAUACAUACAUGCAUACAUACAUGCAUACAUACAUGCAUACAUACAUACAUAUAUACAUACAUGCAUACAUACAUACAUACAUGCACAUAUACAUGCACACAUACAUACAUGCAUACAUACAUACAUACAUGCAUACAUACAUACAUACAUGCACACAUCCAUACAUGCAUACAUACAUACAUGCACACAUACAUGCACACAUACAUACAUACAUACAUGCAUACAUACAUACAUGCACACAUACAUACAUGCAUACAUACAUACAUACACACAUACAUGCACGCAUACAUACACACAUGCAUACACGCAUACAUACAUGCAUGUCUACAUACAUGCAUACAUACAUGCAUGUCUACAUUCAUACAUGCACACAUACAUACAUACAUACAUAACAUGCAUGCAUGCAUGCAUACAUACAUACAUACAUUCAUGCUUGCAUGCAUACAUACAUGCAUGCAUGCAUACAUACAUGCAUGCAUGCAUGCAUACAUACAUGCAUGCAUACAUAUACACAAUACAUGCAUACAUACAUACAUGCAUACAUACAUAUACACAUACAUGCAUACAUACAUAUACACAAUACAUGCAUGCAUACAUACAUACAUGCAUACAUACAUAUACACAUGCAUGCAUACAUACAUGCAUACAUACAUAUACACAUACAUGCAUGCAUACAUACAUAUACACAUGCA